CUUGUUGCCCCGCGCGUCACAUUGUACUUGGACUCUUUAAACAGAAAUCCGCCCUGAUAUUCAAUUACAGAGAUCGAUGAUGGCUCAGCAGCCCACGACGAUAGAGCACAAGGCAUACGCCCGUGUUGGUCUUUUGGGCAACCCAAGCGACGUUUAUUAUGGCCGUACCAUCUCUUUCAGCCUCGGCAACUUUUGUGCCAUCGUUCAAUUGCAGCCCUCCGAUGAUCUCGUCAUCAAGCCCCAUCCUAAACACGAUCUUGUCCAAUUCUCUUCCCUCGAUCACUUGGUGAAUCGGUUGCAAAGUGAAGGCUACUAUGGAGGAGUUCGAUUGCUGAUGGCGAUUUGUAGGGUUUUCUAUAAGCAUUGUAAAGAGAACCAGAUUGAUCUUCAUAGUGGGAAUUUCACUCUUUCUUAUGAUACUAAUAUUCCUCGCCAGACAGGGCUUUCAGGUUCUAGUGCUAUUGUAACUGCGGCCUUGAACUGCCUUCUCGAUUUCUACAAAGUCCGGCAUUUGAUCAAAGUUGAAGUCAGACCUAAACUUGUUCUCAAUGCUGAGAAAGAACUUGGAAUUGUUGCUGGCCUUCAAGAUCGAGUGGCACAGGUCUAUGGAGGCCUUGUUUAUAUGGAUUUUUCUAAGGAAAAUAUGGAUAAGUUGGGGCAUGGCAUCUACACACCCAUGGAUAUUAGUCUACUUCCACCUCUCCAUCUCAUCUAUGCUGAGAAUCCAAGUGAUUCUGGGAAGGUACAUAGUACAGUUCAGCAAAGGUGGCUAAAUGGUGACAAAUUUAUUAUAUCAUCCAUGGCAGAAGUUGCAGAUAUAGCGUUAGAAGGACGAACUGCAAUUCUUGACAAAGAUUAUGCCAAACUUGCAGGCCUGAUGAAUCGUAAUUUUGAUCUUCGAAGGAGCAUGUUUGGAGAUGAUGUUAUUGGUGCUUUAAACAUAGAAAUGGUAGAGGUGGCCCGAAGGGUAGGAGCUGCUUCAAAAUUUACAGGUAGUGGCGGAGCUGUUGUCGUGUACUGCCCUGAGGGGCCUUCUCAAGUAAAGCUUCUAGAGGACGCUUGUCAGAAAGCUGGUUUUGUCAUUCAACCUGUGCAAGUUAUUCCUUCACUUCUUAACGAAGAUGAUCUCAAGACCCUGUCAUAACGGGAAUUUUCAGACAAGGGGUUUCAGUAUUUUGAGUCUCUUUCCCUUGUGAUUCACAGAAUAACCCACUAUCUCCAGUCGGUAGUGACCUCCCAUAGGCAUUAUCUAAGUUACGUGGAACCUUCAUCGUUGCUCCAUAUUUCAUUUAUUUGCGUCUUCUAAUAAAGUUCCUUGCCUUCAGAA